AUUAAUGUAGGAAUAUGAUCAUCAACAGUUCGUGAAGGCCCUGAAGGCCUCAUCACCACGGCAACAACAGCUUUUUAAAAUUUCAGUUGAAGUGAGAACGGCAGGAUAUUUUCAGAAGGAGAAGAAGAAGAACAGUCUGCCGUAGGAUGAACGACAACAAACAAACUUCUAGUGUUUUAGCUCAAAUCCAAACUUUGGAGGAGGAGCUUCAGAGAUGCAGACUCCCACGUGAAAAGCUGAGGUCUGAGAACAGGAUGCUGUCAGCUCAGAGCUGCAGGCUGGAGGAAGACCGGAAGGACAUGGAGCAGUUCCUGCCGCACCACUCCGCUGAGUUGGACAAGCAGAUCCAGGACAUGGAGGAGCGGCUGAAGCUGCAGCAGCUCGUCCAGACACCUUCAGAGCCUGCAGCUCUGAAGCUGCAGCUCCACCAGGAGAAGCUGCAGCUUCAGGAGAGGAUGGACCUGCUGAGCUCUGAGGUCACACAGCAAGCUGCUAGAAUGAAGGAGCAGCAGGAGGAGCUGAAGCAGCAGGAGGAGCUGAAGCAGCAGCUGCUCCAACGAAGAUACAAAGUCCAAUCUGCUAAGCUGAAGAAUGGCGCCAGGAAGUCUCUCAUCUCAUCCAUGAAACAUCAGCGUCAAACCCCCCCCCCCCCCCCCCCCCCCCGCAGCUGUGAAGGGGGUUCAGCAGCAGAGAAGGACUAA